AUGCAUUCUGCGAUCGAAGCCGGAGGCACCAACCCCGACAGCAGCAGAGACGAGCGGAAGAAGACGAGACACAACGGCGUCCCCGUCGUGGCGGCGUCCGUUGUGCUGGUGGUGUCAGCAUUCGUCUGGAAGCUCUUGGGCGCGGGUGCCGCGUUGCACCUGCUGGUGCUCGUGCUUGGAAUCUUGCUCGGUGCCCUUUUUCAGAAAAGCUUGUCUCUUGUUGACGGCGGUCCGACGCAACCCGCAGCAGAAGCAGAAGGGCGUGAUACGGACAGCGAUGCUGCUGCUGCUGCUGCUGCUGCUACUGGUGCUGCUGGUGGUCGUGCAAAUGGUAAUGAUGGAAGCCUGUCUUCUGCUGCCAAUGGGCAACAAGCUCAUCCUCACACCAACGGCAGCAGCAGCCGUGUCCCAUCCUCCAUAAACGCCAGCGGCGGCAGCUCUUGCCCGACGAGGGCAGCAACGGCCUCCUCGCCGUUGCACUGGGUAGGAGAAACAAUGGAAGGUUCCAUCAACUGGCUGCGCGGCAACAACGGGUGCAGGGCAGCAGCAGCAGAGCGAGGCAGCGAGUCAGCGGGGGGGACAGUAGGCAACCGCAGGAGAACCAGGAGCGCGGGAGGCAGCUCGCUGCGGCGCAGAGCUAGCGGCCACGGCGGCGGCGGCGGCGGUGGGACUAGCGCGAGCGCUGCAACCUCUCCGACGACGGGCAUCUCGCCUCUAGGCUUUGGGAGCAGGGCGGCGGCGGCGGCGACCUCGUCAGCGUUGCCACCUCUCGGCGCGGGCAUCCCGCACGCGCAGCAAGAGCGGCAGCAGAGUUCGAGGGUGUGGUCCAGGACCUACGGCGGCGGUGGUGGUGGUAAGGCUACGGCGGCGGCAGUUGCAAGCAAUGGGUUCGACGAUGAUUCAAGCAUGGACGACGAGGCUGCUGAUGGGCGGACGGGGGACGAGCUGCGCGGGGGGGGCGGGGAUUGGCUGGUGGGAGCUGGGCCGGGCGAUGCCAGCGAGUCGGGCAGCCUCUCCAGCGUAGGGAACGGGAGCUGGCGAACGAGGCGAAGGGCCUUCGAGGCGGAAAGCGACAACACGGCCGAGGGAGACUGCGAAGGAGAGGGAGAAGGGCCGAACGAGCUGAGGUGGGAGGUGGACGGGAGGCGGCAGAACCUGCGGCGAUCGAUCACAAGCACCGGGGUCCAGACGGAGGAGAGCCAGAUGGUGCAGGACCUGCUGGAGAUGGUGUCGGAUACGCCGGUGGACCACGCGGGGCAAUGGAUACCGGUUCGGGUUCGCCGCGGCAUCCACAUCUGGACGAGCACGGUGGAAGGGUCGCCGUACUGUCGCAUUCGGGGGCGGAUGCGCUGCGAGGCGACGCCCGCCCAGCUGUUGCAACUCCUCAUCGACGACGAGAGAAUCAUGGAGUACGACCGCAUGUUCGACAGAUACGAGUUGGUGGAGAGGCCCAAUGACCACACCUCCGUGCGGUGGACGUGCUACCAGGCCAUUUGGCCGACCCGACCCCGGGACUUCGUGAUCCGCAGCACCUGGGAGGAGUUCGCGGACGGAACCAUCGUCAUCGCCACGCGCUCGGUGGAGCACGAGGACUACCCGGAGACCCCGACGUUCGUCAGGGGCAAGAUGGUCACCUGCGGCUACGUCAUCUGCCCCCUCGGCGAGAGCCGUCGACAACGGCGCGCCAGCAAGUCGAUCAAGUCCGCCGCCCCCCCGGCGGCCAGCGGCGGCGACCCCGCGGCGGCCGGGGUGGGGGGAAGCUCGGCCGCAGCCGCCACUGCCGCGGCGGCGGGGGCGGGGUCGAGGUCCAUGGAGCUGAGGCCCAGCAGCGAGUUCACGAUGUACGCGCACACGGACCUCGGCGGCGUGUUACCGGCGAGCGUGAUCAACAAGCUCUGCAAGAAGCCGGCGUACCGAGUACUGCGGAAGAUCCAGGACAUGAUCGCGACCGACACGCUCGUAAAGCGCGGAGAUGACGGGAGCUCCGCAGGGGGGAGUGCCGGGGGGGGGUGGCCGCUUGCCAGGUCCGGCUUGAACAUGCCGAGAACGGAUUCCGAGGACGUGCUGGGGUCGCUGCUGGCGGAGGGGAUGCCGGACCGUGCGGCGGCCGCAAACCUUGAGAACGUGCCGGAAGGGGAGAUGGAGGGCGUUGCUUCCGGCGCGGAGACGGAGACGAUGGGAGGACACCAACGACGAGGGUCUCACAGCAGCGGCGGCGGCGGGGUGAGCGGCGGGGGACGAAGAGGGAGCAUGUCGCAGCAGGGGCAGCUGCCGCCGGCGCCGGCGCCCUCCCGAGCGCCGUCCCCGUUCCUCCCGGGUCUGUCGCGAGCGUACGCGAUCUCCGAGGCGCAGCGCAUCAUGAGAACGCUCAACAGGAUGGCCUCCGAUGAGGCGUUAGGGUGGUCUCAGCUGGGCGUAGCGGCUCACAGUGACAUGGCGCUGUACAAGAGUCCCGUCGCCGGCACCAAGAAGGUGCGGCUGGGAGCGAGCACGUGCGUGAGCGCGCUGCCGUCGGAGCUGGUGGGAAUCCUCCUGGAGAACGCGGCCAUGCUGGGACCGGACUACAUCGUCGACAGGCAGGAGCUGCUGGAGACGUUCAGCUCCGGCGUGAACACCGGGGAAGGGCUGGCGGAUGCCGCGGCGAGGGCGGCAGGGGAAGGGCCGAAGCACGACACCGCCGUCUACUGGUUCAGCUGCACUCACAAGCGACAGCGCAUCUGCCGAGAUUUCGUUAUCCUGCGCUGCUUCCGCCCGCUGCCGGGAUCCGGCGGGGUCAUCGCUUACUCUUCGGUCGACCACCCCGGACUACCACCGUGCCCGGACUACGUCCGCGGAAAGCUCGAUGUCUCGGGGUUCGUGAUUCUGCCGAGCCCCCAAGAGGAGGGCGGCGGCAAUGGCAACGACAACGACGACGACGGCGACGACGACGAGGCCGCCCUCCACCACUCGGACGCCGAGCACAACCGCCGCGGCGGGCCUCGCCGAAGUAAGCGCCAGCGUUGGCGGGGAGGCAAAGGUGGAGGGGCGGCGGCGGGACGCCGCCGCUCUCGGUCGUCUGCCUCGGCCAUUGGCGACUACGGAGACUCGGACGAGGAGGAGGAGGAGGACGAGGCGGCGGAGGGGGGCCCGUGGAUGGGAAGGAGGGGAGGGGGGAGGAGGAGGACGAGGCGUGCCCUGGCGAAGGGCGGGGAUGAAGGGGGGGCGGGUGGCGUGAGCGAGGUCACGUUCUUCACGCACCUGACGUUCAGCGCGUACCUGCCGGAUUUCCAGGAGAUGGAGGCGUGCCGGCACUUCGUCGGGCCCUUACACAUCCUGCAGGAGCUCAAGUGGGUCGUGGAGCGCACCCUUGGGUCGUUUCAGGAAGACGACGAGGUGCUGCACGACGGGGCCCCCAGGAUGGGAGCGGGGGGCGCGGGAGGGAGGGCGGACUGGGGGCACGUCUUGUCUCGAAGGAGGUCCUCGAGGUCCGAGAGACGGUCGUCCGUGGCCGCGGAGGAGCAGGAGGCGGGGGGGGCGGGGGCGGCCCGGGUGGACACCAGCGCGGGCGAGGAAGAAACGGAGGGCGGCACGAUCGACUCUGGCUCGCUGUCGGACUCAGAGUCCGUCCCCGCUCGUGAUACGGCCAUGGUGUCGAACGCCGUGCUGCUCAGGGUUUCCGCCAGGAGGGAGGCGAUGCUGCGCGACAUGCUGGCCUUUUCGAGUGACGGGGAGUGCAUGGAUGGCCCGCAGGUGGAUUGGCGUAUCAUCAAGGACAGCGACGGCCUCAAGCUGUGGCGCGCUACGGUGCCGGGUACGGUGUGGUGCAUGAUUCGCACCCGGGCGGCGGUGACGGCGCCCCCCCGCGAGGUGCUCACGUACCUGCUGAACGAUUCGUGCAUCCCGGAAUACGACGAGCUGUUCGCGAAGAUCGAGGUCAUCGAGUCGAUCGACGAUACUAGCGUCUUCAAGCGAACAUCGUACAAACCCAUCUGGCCCACGGCCCCGCGGGAUUUCUCCCUGCUAUCAUCUUGGGGUACGCUGGAAGACGGCACCACCUACUUGCUCAACCGCUCGGUGGACCACCCGUUGAACCCUCCGGUGAAGGGGCACGUGCGCGGGAUCGUUAUGCUAUGCGGUUUCCUCAUGGUGCCGCGAGCGCGCGAGUCCGGCGGGGGCUGCGUCAUCACCAUGAUCGUCCACACAGACCUCGGCGGCAACCUGCCGGCGACCAUCCUCAACAGGCUCUCCACCAGCAGCCCUUGGCGCCUUGUCCAGCGCCUGCGCUCGGCGUUCGAGAGCAGCGAUUGCCAGCCGUCGCGGGCGCAGAAGGCGGAGCAAGCAGCGGCGGCGGCGGCAGCGGUUGCCGCCGAUGACCAGGCUUCGUGACGUAGGAGACUUCGUGGAAUCGGAUACAGCAGUAGAGCCCCGGUUCUUGCACAACACGGGGGGUGGAACAAUAGUAGGUACUUCCUUUGUUUUUGACAGAAAACGUCCGUUUCAUUUGUGUGGUGAUUGUUGGGUGAGGUUUUUCCGUGUGCCCUGGAGGGUGGUGAGAGUGGAGGGGAUUCCGAGGAGCAGGGCACACGUAUACCACAUUACGUCCAGCAUGGAGGACACGAUGUCUUCUAUCUUCAUCGCUGACCAACAUUGUUGUAGCGGUUGUCGACGGCACGGAGGCAUCGGUCGUUUAUGUCGUUUAUGUCGUUUAUGUCGUCGUUGUUGUUUUGACAUUAAAAAGCCGUUCAGGCCUCUGCCCAGAAGUCCCUUCCAACAUCUGCACCGGUUUAACUGGCGCGAACGCCCUACGUGGCGAAAGGCCAACUACCCGAAAAAGGUACACCUUUUUUUUCCAACGCAACAUCAGGGGACACCGUUGGUGGUAUGGAUUUAUUUCAGGAGAAGGCGCAAUGGGGCCGUCGGCGACUGCCGUGGAAGUCCGCUAUUGUCCUGCUGGCCUCGCGUGUGUUCGUUUUGGUGACAAGUGACUUUUCUAAACGGGCUCCUCUUGUGUCCGGUUGCGGACGGAUCCGGGGGUCUUGGCCACUGGUUGUAAGUAAUGGUAGAGGCAGCGGUUUCACUUGUCGGUUUUGGCAAAAUGUAUGUGGGUGGGUGAUGGUUUGUUUGCACACCACGGCAGAAUUUUUAGCUGCGCGUACAAUUUUUGUUGGUGGGUGCUGUGUAAGACGGGCAUCUGCACUCGUCUGCGACUUCCAUGCGUCGAGAGGGUUCCUUUUUUUUUUUUAUGCGCGAGAGAUGUUGNGGGGGGGGGGGGGGGGGGGGGGGGGGGGGGGGGGGGGGGGGGGGGGGGGGGGGGGGGGGGGGGGGGGGGGGGGGGGCGAGGGAAGGCGCUUCAUCAGCCAAUGUUCACCAUUCUUGUCUUGUUUUUCACUUUUAUUCGUGUGGCGUGCGUCAUUGGCAGUGGUAUGCGCGAGAAGCGCACGUUUGCGGUGGCUCAAACAUGGGACACGUUUUUGUUGAUGCCGCAUUAGAUUUGCAGCCCUGCAACCGCGAGACUUGGCUGAUCGCGUGCAAGCACCGCACCCUCUUUUUGGCGUGGGCGAUAAGAUUCCCACCGCAAGGAUGACCCAGGUCGGAACGGGCAAUUCGUUGUCGCCCAGCAUGUAAAUGUUUAGCUUGCGCGCGCUCGUCGUACUUGUGUUUUAGAGGAGGAGGAGGAGGGAAGGUAUAAUAUUUUCAAGUAUGUUUUUUUCGUGAUAUGUUCUUUUUGCCGAAGUCCUGGCGUUAUUUAUCAAUAUCUCGCGGUUCUUGCCAGUUCUCUCUUUUGGGGGGCGUCGGUUCGGUCGGGCCGUGAUUUUACUUUUGUAUCGCAUUCGCUUUUGUUUUUCUUUUGUGUACUCUAUAGUUCUACUACAUGGCUUCGACUGCAACGCUCAACGAACAAAAUAGAGUCCACUCAUUAGUUCGUGCACGCAUGCGUGUGAGGUGAUACUAAUUUGGAUAUUUUGGCGUUGUUUGUUUCUCGACGCUGUAGUUCAUGAAUCAUACCGCACUCCCUGCUGCUACUGCUGUGUCUUUUCGGAAGCAAUGGGGUUCCCCCGCCCCCCCCCCCGAAAAUAUAAAGCCCCAGUUCGUUGCCUCGGUGGUGGUGUGUUCGCGAGCAUCGUUCUGGUGUCGGAUUUGCCUGACAAGAUGACGCUCCCGCGCACGCACGGGCUCCUCCUGCUAAAUUUUCGCGUCUGAUUGUAGUACUUUGAAGUGACUUUCUUUGCGGUAUGUGUACAGAGUACAGGGCUCCUCUGCUCGGUUCGUCUUUAUCCCUCUUCUCUGAACUAUCUCUCUGAUCUACAAGGUGCACGUGACUUCUGGGGUCCAUUUUUAUUAUUUCAUUUUUUAUAAGGUGUACCCCCCUUUUGGGGGAGCAGUUGGCUUGUGACCACGGAAGGCGUCCGCGUCAGUUGAACCAGUACGGAUAUUUGAAGGUACUGAGUGAGGGACCGGAACGUUUUUUUAAAGUAAAGACAACAACAAACAAC